CGAGUGUGCCAGUACUCCGCCAUAUUGACUGUUGUCUUGACUGGAGGAGAUAUAGAACAUUUUGAGGUCCGAGAAGAAACGAAAGUGUGCCCCCGAAACCACCGAAACUGGUGCAAACUUGGCCAAAGCGCACCAUAAACAUCGCGGCAAUGGCGAGGAAGAAAAGCAAGCAGCCAGGGGUCGCCCAGAAGGAGCUGGCGCCCGGAGAGCAGACCGCACCGAAGAGCCCCGUCUCUCCCGGCGAUGCAGCUGGCGGUGGCGGUGGAGAUGCUGGGCUGGAUCGGCUGGCCACCACCAGGGCGAACCAGCCUAUGCACACCUGCUGCCUCCUGUGCCACCGUGAAUUCAAGGACUGGGGAGCAAGCUCCACGAACGGACUCCCUGGGGGCCACGGGACCAAGUUGGCUGACGCUGUGCCUGCGCUCUCCCAGGCCUUAUUGCGGGAGGCGCCAGGGCGUAAGCUUGCAGACGCGGUGCCCUCGCUGUCUCAGUCCCUGCUGGGAGAGGUGCCUCUGUGGAUCUGUCAGAGCUGCUGCAAGAGUGUGGAAGAAGAGGAGAGGCGGAGCAGCCAAGAGCAUCCGACGCCGGUACCAUUGUCACACUCUUCCUCCUGUAAGUCCCAGAGCUGUGGGAAUGGUUACCCAGAGCAAAGUACUGUAGACUGGGACCCGAGUUCCUUCCUGUCAGCCCACAAACUGUCAGGUCUCUGGAACUCUGCCCACACCAAUGGAGGGGAACACUGCAACCACAAUACUUCUUCACACUCACAACAAGGUUUAACACUGGGAUCAGCCUUUCAUGAGAAAAGAGGACUUCAUGAAGCGCCUGGGAAAUCUGCGAAAACAUCAGGGACCAAAGUCUGUCCCUACAGUCACCCGUCAUCCCAGAAUACCAGUGGAUCCUCUGCUGGGAACCCCCUGUCUACCUCAGCAGACCUUUGUAAAACCACUCCUAAGCACUUCAAGACCAUGUGCCGGCGUCCAACGCCACCAGGUGAAGCCUUCCACCCCAGUGACCACCAUCAACACACAGACUUGUCGGUGCCCCCCAACAGUCCCACCGGCCUGUCGUCCCAGCAUUCCUCCCUCCUGCCCCCAAAGCCAAACUCUGGGCAGCACGGUCACGUUACCUCGUCGUCUGGCCCCAGUGUAGCCGCCCAUGCAGCGCACGCUCCCUUCUCCCCGCUGGUACCGAAUCUCCACGGCCCUACAGCCAAACUUAAUUCUCCCUGUCCGGACAGCCCAACACCUGUCCACAAGCCCAGCCCGUGCAAAAACUCCCACAUUCCCGCUGUGAACACGCAACACAACAAACUGGGCACGUCUUUAAUAGGCUGUAACCACCCCUGUAAUGGACACAGUCAGGGAACGGUGGCCACUUCCAAUGUAGGUCAUCUGUCAGCUGGAGCCUGCAGGGACCAAGCAUGUAAGGGGCACAAAAUGACUAAUGGGACGCUGUGUCAUCCUCCGUCUGAGCUGGAGGAAGGGGAAGAUGAAGACAGCAGCUCUGAGAGGAGCUCCUGCGCCUCCUCUUCCACCAACCAGAAGGACGGGAAGUACUGCGACUGCUGCUACUGCGAGUUCUUCGGACACAAUGCGCCUCCAGCUGCACCAACGAGCCGAAACUAUGCUGAGAUCCGAGAGAAACUCCGCUCACGUCUGACCCGACGUAAGGAGGAGGUGCCUCAGCGUCCAGAUUCAGACCUGACGGUGCCUGGUGUCAUCGACAACAGAGACGUGGACGAGCUGCUAGACUUCAUAAACAGUUCCGAGCCCAAACCUGUGAACAGUGCCAAGGCUGCCAAACGGGCUCGACAUAAACAAAAGAAGAAGGAAAAAGCUCAGCAGGGCAACAUGGGUGCUGCAGGCAGUGACCCUCAUUCCGAUCCAUCUGAGUCUGUUGACGAGCCAAUUCCUGAUGGUUCUGAAGCCAGCCGGUUGCUGGACUGGCCUCAGCUGGAGCUUGAGCGUGUCAACAGUUUUCUCACCAGUCGGCUGGAAGAGAUUAAGAACACCAUCAAAGACUCAAUCCGGGCCUCGUUUAGCAUGUAUGACCUCAAUCUGGAUGUCAAUGACUUCCCAAAAAAGGCAGCCACGUUGGAGGGCAACCAUUUACUGUCCCAUCUCAAUGGUUCCUCGGACCUGCAGCAGAUAGACCUCGACCUUGCCCCUCUUUCACUGGGAUCGUUUAAAAGCCACCUUGAUUUGGUUAAUGGAUGGGAGGACACAAGUGCUGUAUCAUCUCCUAACAACACCACCACUACAGCGUCGGGAGUCAUUGUUGGGUCAAAGGACAUCCAGCGGUUGCCCACAACCCCCAGUCUCUCAAAACUCAUAAGGGUUCGCUCUCCAGAAAGAUGCACGUCUACUGGAUCUGACAAUUUGCCACAGAUGCCAGCCCUAGCAACGGCGAAAUCGAAGGAGGACAAGCCUGAUCCCAAGAACGCAGCUGUUGGGAACGGUGGUGCGAAGUCGAAGAAGAAUAAAAAGCAGCAGCAAAGACAGGAGCAAUCUCUGUCUGAGCAAAAUUCCAGCAAACCAAUAAAAGCGGCCGCCGGGACUGAAACACAGAAACCUAGCGAGUCUAAAGAAAUGGCUUUGAAUGUCUCAAAAGUCCAGAGCAAACAACUGCAGCACACUGCAGACAACCACAGGAACGGACUUAAGAAGGUCGAGGAGGGCAGAUCAUCCAAACAGGGAGCAAAUGGAGCAAACGGUGGCCUCUCGAAUGCACAAAGGGGGAAAGGUGACGCAGAGACUCGGGGAGGUCGAGCUGAGCCGGAUGCAGAAAGCAAAGCUCACCCCACGGUUACAGCAAAUGGGCAACAGCAGCUGCAGCAGCAAUCCAAGGGGAAAAAUAAGAAGAACAAGAACAAGGGUGAAAAAUCCAGUGCUGUUGAUGAUGUAUUUCUCCCUAAAGAUGUGGAUCCAACACAAAUGGAUGAGAUUGAUAGGGAAGUGGAAUACUUCAAAAGGUUUUGCCUUGAUUCUGCAAAACAAACUCGCCAGAAGGUAGCAGUGAAUUGGUCCAACUUCAGCCUCAAAAAGGUUCCUUCCAAUGCAGCUCAAUAACUUGGAUGAGUGCCAGAGAUAAAAAAAAAAAAAAUUCUCACCACACAGUCUUUCAGUAGAGCGUUAUUUGGCCUGAGGCGUUCUCUCAUUCCCCGUUUUCUUCUCUUUCUUACUAAGCCAAGGGGCCCAGGUUCAAAAUCAAACUCCAUUCAUUCAGGAGACUGAAACAUAACUUGUGGCUAAGAAGCCAGGGAUCUGUCUCAAGGCAGUCUCGACCCUCUGCUCUUAUUGCAAUGUUCACUAAAUGAGAGAUGCAAAAAUGGAUAAAAGUCUGACUCCACUGCAUCCAUGUGCUCACGUAUGUAGUAUGUAAACAAUUAUCUUACAUGAAAAUAAAUGUUUUUAUUACAAAAUCUGAGACAUUUUAACGUUGUUAAACUUCUGAAAACCAAUCGGUUCGAUUUGGUGCUUGGCAUUUUGACCUAUUACACAAGGCUCUGUAGACACUACAGACUAUUUGUCUAAUACUGUACAACUGACAAGAAGGAGCACAAAACAACACUUUGACCUUUUUAGGGGGAAAAAAAACACUUCUCUUCUGCAGAGAGCAACCACUGCAUUGGUUUUACUCACAGGCGUUAGUGGUUGUUCAUGAAUUUCAAUUGGAUUUCUUUGAAUUUGAUCAAAUUGUUGUGGAAUCAGUGACAGAAAAUUUUACAGACGAGCACUUGAUGACCUUCCCUCUACACUGUUCCCUUUUGUACAAACUCCAGAAAUGUGGAAAAAACAUGAAAUGUUUGACAGUUUUCAGUUCACAAACACUAAUAUAACCUUGUUGAAAAAAAUUGCUGUGUAAAACACUUGGCUCACGGGAUGCAUCUAUAAAAAAAAGUAUUUAACUCCAAUUAGAUACCCAUGCAUGAAGUGUAGAAGAGAAAAAUCUAAAUCCUGUCCCCUAGUCCUGUAAUCGGGCGAAGUUCAAUGUGUCGCUGUUGCGUGUUGCUUCAAUAUCAAUCCUCCCUUGGUGUUAAUCUUGAGCAAAUAUCUUUUAGUGAUAACCAAUAUACACUCUGCCAUCUGUAGGAGAAAAGUCCUUUACCACGGUUUCCUCACUCUCAACCCCCUAUAUCCCAGCAGUGACAGGUACACCAGAGUGCAAUGUUCAUUUUAACGUUGGAACCAUCACUCCUUGUUUGACACAGUUAAUUUCAAUGCUUGUACAUACUGAGUGAUUAUUUUGGGCCCUUUUGAGCCUUUGUCAUAUGUUUCCUGAGGUUGUGUGUCUACGAUAUGUUUUCAACCAUACUACUCUUUUUUUUUUGUUAUUUUCUGUACUGUGACCCUGUUGGCACCCUCCACCUCAGCUAGCCGAUCUCAAGUCCACCUCUUGAUGAUCUUUGAAUGACAAAUACCCCAGAAGACUUGAUGCCUUUGGGAACAAGGGCCUGGGGAUUGACACCAGUAACCACGUUUUAGCUGAUGGCUUUCACUGAGAGGGAUGAUUUCUUUCCUGAAUCUGUGUUCUGAGAUUUUGUUUUCAUAUAACAUCUCUGAUGCUUUUCAGGUUAUACUCAAUUAGAGAAGAUUAUCUUAAUGUUUCGAAUGUAGAUUUAUACUAUUCCAAUAAUAGCCAAGUGUAUGUUGGCUUGUUUCUUUUUUUUAAAGUUCACUUUUGAUACUGUGAAGAAUCUUUCGUUCAGAAAGAUUAAAAACAAUACAGUUUUGACAAAAAAA